UGUAUAAUAAAAUAGUAAAUUAAUUCAUUGAUAAAAGGCUUUUAGUUGCAAUGCCUAUUAAAAUACUACUAGCACGUCAAAUAUUCGAUGCUACCGGAAUUCCUACGGUCGAAGUAGAUAUGGUGACCGAAUUGGGUUUGUUUCGGAUCGGUGUUCCUUCAACUGAUAUGAAAAAAAUUGCAGAAGCAGUGCAGUUGCGGGAUAACAACCCUUCUGAGUACUUCGGUAUGGGCGUAUCAUCAGCUGUGAAGAACAUCAAUACUAUUAUUGCUCCAGAGCUCAUAAAACAAAAUUUGGAAGUAACCAUGCAGAAAGAAAUAGAUCAGUUCAUGAUCGCACUCGAUGGCACUGAAAACAAAUCUAGACUCGGGUCUAAUGCUAUUAUGGCCGUUUCACUCGUUGUCGCCAAAGCGGGAGCUGCCAAAAAAGGAGUUCCUUUAUACAGACAUAUUUCAGACAUGGCUGGCGUCACGAGUAUCAUAUUGCCCGUGCCACAUUUAGUUAUUUUGACUGGAGGUAUCCUCGCUUCAAAUGGGCUUCCAUUUCAAGAAUACAUUAUCAUGCCCACAGGUGCUUCUUCGUUUGCGGAAGCUAUGCGCAUAGGUACUGAAAUAUACCUCUACGUUAAAAAUAUCAUCAAAACGAAAUAUGCUGUCGAGUGUACGUAUGUAAGCAAUUCCGGGGGUUUUGCAAUUCCUCUAGAAAGCCACAGAGAUGCGUUAUUAUUUUUAACAGAUGCCAUAAAGCAAUGCGGAUUUGUUGGUAAGGCAGAGAUUGCUAUUAACGCGUCCGCCUCCGAUUUAUUCAAAGAUGGAGCUUACGACUUGGAAUUUAAAAACCCGAAUUCAAAUCCCCAAGAAUAUAUGUCGUCGGAUAAAUUAGCCGAGGUGUAUUUAGACAAUAUGAAAGAAUUUCCCGUGUGUUCUGUAGAAGAUGGUUUCGAUUAUGACGACUGGGCAGCGUGGUCAACAUUGUCAGGGCGUACACAGUCGCAGAUAUUUGGCAAUGACCUUACGCAAACAAAUUUGCGCAGGGUCGGCUUGGCCGUUGAAAAGAAGGCCGGAAAUGCAAUUGCACUGAGAAUAAAUCAGGCCGGUACACUAACAGAAGUAAUUGAGGCGUUUAAGUUGUUAAAGUCAAAUGGAUUCGGUGUCGUUGUGUGUGAUCGAUGGGGAGACACCGAUGAUUUAUUUUUAGCCGAUCUUGUUGUCGGGUUAUCAGCAGGCCAGGUAAAAUGUGGAGCUCCGGCGCGAGGUGAACACAUUGGAAAAUAUAAUCAAAUCCUCAGAAUCGAGGAGGAAUUGGGAGCUUUAUCGAAAUAUGCCGGCAAAAAUUAUCGAGUACAGGCAUAACUAAUAAAUUAUCUUAUUUCUUAUAACGUCUCUCCUUCAACUCUAUAAUAUUUGAUGUAGAACUUUAAAAUCAAAUAACAUCAUCAAUGACAUAAUAUGCGGCAUGGUGAAAUACCCAAAAUUACAAUUAAUAAUUUAUGGAAUACCAAAAUAAGCGACAAGCGGUCUAAUCACAGGAAAUACUCAUUAUUCGUAUUGUAAUAUAGUCUAAACUGUUAUUAAUGCACUUGUAGAAACGUGUGUGAUUAGGGUUGUCACCGCUACA